AUGCCAAAUAAACCCCUCCCUAAUAAUAAUAUACCAGUCGUCAAUCACCCACCAGCAGUAAAUAGACCACCACCAGUAGCUCACCCUAAUCCAGCAGAAGGGAAUAAACCACCUGUAGCUCAUCAACCCAUUGUAACGCCAACCGUCCCACAUAUCAACAUUCCUAUACAUACUGCUGGAUACACAAGCACAGUGAUAACCCACGGAUCAAAACCCAACGUAGUUGUCACUGUAAAGGAAAUACCAGACGAACAAGAGAUUCAUCUGCGUUCAUGCUACAGGGGGAACAAAAAAGUUCCAUUUUCACAGUAUUGGAUUCCUAAAGAGAACGAAUGGGAUGAAACCAAUGGUGGGAAACGAGUGUUUUUAGGAGGGGAUAUCAAAAGAAGGUUGAUGGAUAAAGAUAAUGUGGAAGUAGGAUUGGUGCCUGUGGACAUGUAUGAAAAGUGUCGCAUGGAGGGAACGUGUCUUUUAGAAAAUGGUGAUCUGAUCAAUAUCGAUAGCACAACGGACUCAUUCAUUAAAGUGGGAAGACGAGGUCGUGAACAUAAUGUCUUUGGCUUGGGAUCAGGAUCGCAAAAUUUAGUCCCUUUUGUCAGUAUAGCCGCCAAUGACUUGCCAUAUGGCCAAACGUUUUAUAUUCCUCAAUUAGAUGGCCUGGAUUUAGGAGGAAAUCAGCAUCAUAAUGGAUGUGUCAGGGUAGAUGAUGACAGUUGGUCCUUUGACUCCUGUCAAAUCGAUUUUUUCGUUCUAUCGUAUGUCGAUUAUCUUUGGCUAGAUCUUAGUGAUAAAGUGACAAUCAAGCCAAAGAAAUGCCAAAUCAAGAAUUAUAUAACCAAGCAUCAUCUUUCGCUUGUAAAAGCAACCAACAACGAGAAAAUUAUACCAUCUUUACUAAACGCAAAAUAUGUCGUUCAAUAA